AUGCACAUCCAUCUUCAAAAGUGCCGCAAACAGCAUCCCAAUGCCAAGAAAGCCACCUGCCCAUUUGAUGCGACACAUAUUGUCAAUGAUGUUGAAAUAGAUUUCCAUGUCACUGUGUGCCCUAAAAGGCACAUGCUGGACUCUCAAAUGUUCGUCCUGGACGAUGACUACCGUCCACAGGUGGCUGUGCAUUCUAGUGCACCAACGAGUGUGGACCCCAAUGAAGAAUCGUGGGACAAUGAGAAUACACAGUCGUAUAAGCCAGAUCCUGCUAAGAAGGGUGCACACAUAAUAAUGAAAGUUAAGGGCGCUACACCUUCAGAACGUCGCAAGGCCCGGAUGGAGGGCGUGAAAAACUACCGACCUCUCCAAUGA